GUGAUCCAGUCGCAGCCAUAAAAAGUGUAAAUUAAUAACGACCACAGAAAAGUAUGGACUUUUAUCACUCUUUACGACGGUUUUUAUUAAACUUUUGAAGCUUGAAUUUCUACUUUUGUGUUCCACGGAUGACAGACAGUCAACAUUAAGUUGGGUAGCUAUGAGACUAUUCAUUUUGGGAGCUAUUUUUAAUUAUUAAUAAAAUGAAUUUCUAAAAGCCAUUUAUAAUUCUAUUGCUAGCAGCAGAUCUGAUCUAUUCGGAGAUAUAGCAGGUCUUGGGUCACGUAGCAAUGUUUUAUAAAACUGACCGCAAACAGAAUUAGUUUGUUCUCGGUCUUUGCCUUGUCAAAUAGGAACUUGUUUGUCUUUGUGGUUCAUCAGUGUCGCAAGAGCGGAUUUGUUAAAGUAACAGAUAGUAAAAUGUGCGGGGAGGAGAGGAAGGGGCUGCAGUCUUCUGUCUCUCUCACAAGCAAACGAGCUCCGGGUCGAAAUCUAGUCGCAACUGACAAUAUUAUUAUUUUGUCAAACGAAUAAUUAACGCUUUGUCCUAGAUCUGUAGCAUGAUUAAAAUAAUAGUCAUAAUGCAACAGCUACAUUUCAAAUUUUACAUUUUGUUUUCUUUAUUUUAUUAAUCUUUCUGAAAUGUUGGUGUGAGGAAAAUGUAAAUUUUCAUCUCGUUAAACUUGCUGAAAGUGUUGACAUUAUGACCCGUUAUUCCCAUAUUGUAUAUUUUGGUGGCUGAUUAUUUUUUUUGGAAGUGAAAUCUCAUUUAUAAUGUGGACGCGAUCUACACUCAAGUUUCUCCUCGGUCUAUUAGCCGCGAUUGAAGUUCAGCCUGCCCCAGAAGAGCUGUGUCCUCGACAAGAGCCCCUUCCUGGAGUUUUGGUCUUGAAGUUAGGAAGCAAUGUUGUGUUUGGCUGCAGAGGCGAUAUCACUGUGGACGGUGUGCCGUUGGCUUCGGCCAGUGUCAUGACUAAAAAAUACAGAAACAAGCAGAGAGAAGACAUCACUGUAAGCUGGAUGCCCCAAAAAGGAUAUGCUAAUGCUACACAGCUAACCAGUAUGAAGGGAAAUGCUAUAACUGGGACAUACCAAAAGGCUGAUUCUGCUAUGUAUACCAAAGCUAAAGGGGACACAACAGUCACCGUUAAACCACCUGUAACCAAAAGAAAGGAACAAACCACUUCUAGACGUGUUUUGCGUGCUGUCACUCAAACUACUGGACAAGAGGAAGAGGUCUUUGGUAUCACCAUGGGGACAGAUUUUGAGCAAGAUGAUUAUGAGGACUAUGAUUAUGAAGAGGAACGGUCCAGGGUGACAAGAGGCAUCAAAAAGCGAACACGCUGGACUCUCAAUGGACGACAGGUGCAUGCUGGAGUGGAAAGGGGAGGGAUUUUAAGACGGCCUCAUCUCAGCUGGGCAGAUGCUGGGAAUUACAGCUGCUACAGAGGAGAGCAACUCAUUUCCACAGUCAGAAUCAGCAUAGGGGUUCCCCCAGAGAGUCCCACUGUCUCUUGCUACAGGAAGUUUCACACAAGUAAAGUCCGCUGUGAUUGGACAUCCAAAAAUCCAAUAACCCCACGGCCGCUGUGUUACCUACUUCUUUUUAGAGGAUUGUUUGGCAACGCCACUCGUGUGCCUUGUUCAUUCUCCCGCUCCCGCUGCUGGUGUGCUUUUCACGUGGCGGAGGGUGACAGAGCUCUCCAUGCAGCACAACUGUGUGUGUCUAACACAGCAGCCAGUGCCAUGAGCCCUUACCUCAGCUUCAAGCUGCACGACAUCAUUAAGCCAGACCCUCCAAUCCGAGUGGUGGUGAGAGCAGUUGAGGGCCAGAAGCAUAUGCUUAAAGUAUCCUGGUUUUAUCCCAGUUCCUGGAAGCUUGGCUUCUAUGCCUUGCGUUUCCAGCUGAGAUACCGACCACAACUCAAAGAGCAGUACCAGUCAGUGCCGAUAGAUGACAGCAUGGACAGACAAGUGUCCUGGAUGAUUUAUGAUGCUCUGCCACACACUCAGUAUGAAGUGCAGCUCCGGGCCAAGGAUGAGUUUGACGGCCUCUGGAGUGACUGGACUGACACUGUCUAUGCAAACACUUGGACAGCUCCUGAGACGACUACUGCCUCUGAGAUCAUUACUUUGGAGCCCCUUGAGAUGUUUCCUGAAGGUUCGGGAGAAUUUGGAGAAGACCCUGGUGUAGAUUCAGUGGCAAUAGAUGGAGCUGAUGAUAUCGAAUAUGCUUCAGUGCGGCUGUAUGUGUCAUGCGUUUUUGGGCUGUGUUUUCUUGUAUUCUUCACCAUGUUCACAGUCUGUUUUCUCAGGAAUAGGCUGCAUCUCAUGUCUAGAAUAGGAAAACAGACUUUGCCCUUUGCAUUCUUCCUUUAUUCCCCUCGACCUCUUCCUACUCCUGUUCCCUCUGAGCAGCUUCCAGAGGAGGGAAAGUCACUGAUGUCUCCUCCCAAACAUAGCCAGCAAGACUUCCUUCCUGUUCAGCAAGAGCUACAGGGCAUUCAUCUGCAUAACAUGGAUUAUUUCCUGUCUCCAGGCACUGAGGGUGUGCCAUAGAUCAUAGACAGACAUUAGCAAACACAAGAAAUACACUGUGAUAGACUAAGAAUCACAGACUGGGAUUUGUAUUCAGGAACAGUAUUGUGAGUGCAAACUCAAUGUUGAGUGUUAUUGUAUAGACAAAGUAAUUCAUCUUGUCCUACAUUAUUUUUGACUACUAUCAGAACCAUUUGUAAAUAAGAAUUUUUAAAGCAAUUUCUACUAAGUGCCUGCUAUCUGCUGACCAUGGCAGUCUCGAUUGUGAAGCUAAAGCACUUUUAUAAAUAGCUUUAAAUAAUAAAUAUUCCUUACAGGAAUGUUAAGAUAAUGUAAUUCAACAUAAAAAUAUAUAUAUAUAUUUUGACUCAUCCCUUGUUUAAAAAAAUAUAGGAAUCGAGAUUAUGGUGAGUAACUUACAAUGAAAGUGAAUGGGACCAAUUUUUAGAGGAUAUGAAUCUUACAGUUUUACAAAAGCAUUUAGGCCAAUUAAUUCUUUUUCAUUUAAGAGUUUUAUGCAUUACAUUAUUGCUUUAUUAAAAUAUAUCCAUUAUAAAGUUGUAAAAUGGUACACAACUUGACACAGAAAAGGUCAGAAAGACCACGUUCACACAGCAGCAGAAUACUGUUGUCAGUCCUGUAUUUGAGUCUUUAAGUUUAAAGGGACAAUUCACCCAAAAAUUUUAAUUGAUUUACUCACCCUCAAGCCAUCCUAGGUUUAUAUGACCUUAUUCUUUCAGACGAAUACAAUCAGAGUUAUAUUAAAAAAUGUCCUGGCACCUCCAAGCUUUAUAAUGGCAAUGAAUUGUGGUUGAUAUUUUGAAGCAAAAUAAAGUGCAUCCAUCCAUCAUAAAAAGUGGUCCACAUAAUUCCGGGGGGUUAAUAAAGGCUUUCCUUAAAGCAUUUGUGCAAGAAAAAUAUCCAUAUUUAAAACUGUUUAAACCAUAAUCUCUAGCUUCCAUUAACUGUCAUACAUGCGUUCAUGAGAGAGUGGCAUUCCAGCGGAUGAUGUUGGACCUACGUAUAGCAAGUUUUAUUUGCAGCAAAGAAAACCAGUCUCCUCUUGACUUAUAUUGAAAUCCUCUGACAUUUCUCUUUACAAAUCCUCAUAUUGUACUUUUAAUUCAUGACUGUUGUUUUGUUUUGUUUUGCUCUCUCCUCUUCUCCACUUCUUACCAGAGGUUACGCUAUGCCUACAUCCUACGUCAUCUGCUGGAACACCACUCUCUCGUGAACACGCGUAUGACAGUUAGCGGAAGCAAGAGAUUACAGUUUAUAGUUUACAAUAUGGGUAUUUUUCUUACACAAAUGCAUCGAUUCAUUUCAGAAGGCCUUUAUUAACCUCUCAGAGCCAUGUGGAGUACUUUUUAUGAUGGAUGGAUGCACUUUUUGCUUUAAAAUCUUGACUACCAUUCACUGCCAUUAUAAAGCUCAGAAGAGCCAGGACGUUUUUAAAUAUGACUCCGAUUGCAUUCGUCUGAAAGAAGAACGCCUCUCCACUCAGAUAAAAAGGCUGCUGUCUGUCCUUGAAGAUUUACGGAUGAACUGGCGAGUCAAUUGGACUAUUGUUGUGUCAAAAGGUGAAAAGACAGCAGUUUUUGGAUGUUGCAAUCUUUGAUAUUACUUUAGUCACUGUCACUGUGGUUACUGAUAAGGAACACAAGUUUGACUCUCGUUGUACAUUCAGUAUUCGAGACACUACUGUAAGUCGCUGUGUGAACGGGACAUUUUGAGACUCACACCUGUAAGUAAAUGCGGUUGUCAUUCCCAAAAACUGAUAGUGUGAUGGUAUCUUAAGUUAUUCUUUCACGCUUAUGCUAACACACACUGUUUUCAUCUUGUUUCUGUACUAUUGACACUGUGGAUUUUAAUGUGUACGGAUUGGCCCCAUACACUUUCACUGUAAAACAGAUUUUAAUUUUAAAGAAAAGGUCAAUCGAACCUGGAAUAGUCCUUAAAAUGUAAAUUUUGUGUUUGCAAAUAUGCCUGCUGAUGAAAGCAAAUUUACCCACAGAAGACUGGAAAUCACCUGUUGGGAGAAGUUGUGGCGAGCUAUUAACCAGAAGAAAGAUUGUUUUUUUCAUUGUGCCUAUAGCAGUUUACUCCAGGGAGAGUCAUUCUAUGUGAAUAUGACAUAGAAUAAGGAAUAUUGUGCAGUGUUUCACAGUUUCUUGUUUCUGCUUAUUUCUCUUGUUUCUUGAAAAUAUGAAUAUGCUGAAUGGUAUUAAAAUUUCAGUUUGUUUGUU